AGAUUUUUGAAACGAUAAUUUUUUUUUGAAAAAGAUGAUACUAUCAAGUCUACUGCUGGUCGUUCUGUGUAUUUUUGAUCCCAUAUCCUCUGCACCUCAACAUCAAAGCACUAUAGUCUCCGGCUUCGACGUAGAAGAGACCUUAAAAGCUGCUCAACUUCAAAAUGAUAAGGAUCAAAAGUUCAAAACAGUGGAUAGCAGCCCAGAAGUGAGCGGAGUUGUCGAUGGAAGUACUGAGGAUGAGUCGAAGUCAAACGAGGAAAAGUCACGCGAGGAAAAGUCUCGAGAAGAAACCUCGGAGCUCACCGCCACCGAGCUUACAGUAACCCUCCAUCCAGGCCGUGAGCAUAUCCAUGACCCCGAGCAUGGAGUCGGUGGAGAUGUGAUCUUUGACGAGAAGCAUCAUGUCAAAAAGAUCAUCGGAGGGUUUGAAGAUGGAGUUGAAGUCGGUGGGAACUCACAGGGAAGGGGCCUAGAACCUCUGGAAAUCGACAGAGGAAAUCAUAAGUUUGAGAAGGGAAUGGCGCCGACUGAGAUUCUAUGGUCGUCGGGGGCAAUGCAGAAUGGGUACAAUGGAGGGAUCAGGAGACCAGACUACCGACGUGCCUAUUUCUUCCAGCGACAUUGAUGACUCAAAAAUUUUUGGUUAUAGUUCAAUUGUUUUGUUUUAUAAUAAUUCCUACACUGUUUUCAUCUAAUAAAUUUAUUACUUUUAAU